AGAUUUUCAGAAUCAUCGAGACUGUACCGACCGAAAGCGCUACUAACAAGUAACAUUUACUAAUUUUCGUACGGAGUGAUAUCUACAAUUUUGAACAUGAGAGGAACAUUGGCUGUUAUUGCCCUUUUGGGGUAUUUGUGCUGUACGACUGCUUUGCCAGCAACUUCAAAACAAAUAGAUGACGAUGUAGAACUUAUUCCGCAUAAAGAAACCCACGUGGAACAACCUGUUAUUACCACAGAUGUAGGAUUUGGCGGCCUUGACGGCUUCUCCAAUCCUUUUGGUGGAAUAUUGGAAAACAUAGAAUCUAUAAUGACAAAGAUAAGGCAACAAGUGGACCAGUUUAUGAAUAGGUUCCCAGGAAUUAAAACUGGAAAUUCUUCCAGCGACUUUCCCGAAUUCCCUAACUUUGGAGGGGACCUUGCACCCUUCCCACAAUUCACUGACAUUGAUUUAAGCAAAGGAAACUCCACUUCCGAAACUAAGAUCAUCGAUGGCCACAAAGUAGUUAUCAAUCAAACACAAUACCACAAAGACGGUGAAAACGGAAGUGCUUUCUUCCAAGUCCGUGUCAUAGACGUAAAACCUACUGAAGCUGAAGACGCUACAGGAUCAACUGUCGCAAUACCUAAAGAUAGAGAGGUUUUAGAAAAUAGUAUAGAAAACGAAAUUGACAAAAACAAAGAGGCCGUCUACUAUCAACCCCUAGAAUUAGACGAACUGGAUUCCGGAAGCAAAUUUCGACCUACUAGUUUAUCCUACCUAGUAGAUAACUCUGAAUGGGACGACCUUAACAAAAUCGAGUCCAUUGAUGACAACGCUUUAAACUUCAACGAAAAUCAACCAGACAUUGACUUAAGCAGGGACACUUAUGUCAAUGAAUUAUUGGCAAAAUCGGGAGCUCCAAUGAAUCCCGACGCAGAAAUCAUCAAACCAAUUCGAGUAUCUACUCAGAGAGUUCAACCUCUAAUGUCUACUGAAAAACCUUGGAUUAACGAUUUAAGCAGGGAUACUUAUGUUAAUGACUUAUUAGCAAAAUCUGGAGCUACAACUAAUUCUGAUGCAGAGAUCAUCGAAACUUCACCUAAAGCUUCUACUGCAGGGCCAAUGUUGAUCAGAUUUCAACCUAAGAGAUAACCGUUCAUUUAAUUGUUCUUAAUUUAUUUAUUUAUUAUUGACUAACUAACUUCGAAGAAGACUGACAAUUUGAUUCAUUAUGUUCAUUAUAUAUCCUUGCCUUAGCAUUUAAAUGUAUCUGGAUUCUAUUUAAACGAAAAAAAAAAUGUACUAACAAUCAUUUUCAAAACGACAUAUUGAUUGGAUACAUAACAGUCAAAAAUUUCAUAUUUGGUGACUCUCUUUAAUUUUGCAUUUCAUAAGUACUUAAUUUUAAACUAACUUAAAUUACAAUGUUUAUGAUGGUUAAAAGGAAAAAAUAAGAAAUAAUUCAUAUUCUAUUUUUCAAAUCUGUAUUUUGAACUAAUAAAAUUUUUAAUUACUGAA